GUUUCGAAGGCACACACGUCAUGAUCUUUGUGGGCUUCGGGUUCCUGAUGACGUUUCUCAAGAAGUAUGCCUACAGCGCGCUGGGCUUCAACUGGUUCCUUGCUGCCGUGGUGAUUCAGUGGGCGUUUCUGUGCCAAAACUUCUAUCAUAUGGAAAACAACAAAAUAAUGGCCACAAAAGAAACUAUUUUGGAGGCGGAUAUAAUGGCGGCUACUGUGCUUAUAACUUUCGGCGCAUUGCUGGGGAUUGCCAGCGGCUUACAGUUGCUCUUCAUUGCGAUCAUCGAAGUUGCCAUCGCGUGCGCCAACUUUUACCUCGUUGGUGAUAUUUUCAAGGCAGCUGACGUGGGCGGCUCUAUAGCCAUCCACGCGUUCGGUGCGUAUUUCGGUCUGGGCGCCAGUUUUGCCAUGAGGCCGCAGAAGAAGGCGACUAGCGACGUGCCGGCAACAACGGUCCCCACUGUCGACUUGAACGGACCGACGUACGUGUCUGACGUCACUGCUAUGAUAGGUUCACUCUUCCUCUGGAUCUACUGGCCGUGUUUCAACUCUGCUCUUACGACAACCAAUGCGGAAUACCAAAGGGCAGUUAUCAACACUUACUUGUCGUUAGCUUCAGCCACGGUGACAACAUUCGUAAUGUCGUCCGUGGUGAGUAAACACCACGGCAAGCUGGAUAUGGUGCACAUACAGAACUCGACGCUAGCGGGCGGAGUAGCGAUCGGUUCUGUGUGCAACAUGCACGUAAUGCCGGGGGGAGCCAUCGCCAUUGGCAUCGGAGCUGGGCUGCUUAGUGUGCUGGGAUACAGGUUUUUAACUCCCUUACUAGAAAAAUGCGGCAUCAGAGACACGUGCGGGGUCAACAACCUCCAUGGCAUGCCUGGCAUUUACUCAGGGCUGCUUAGCGUAUUGUUUGCUGCCCUUGCGACCAGCGGCGAAUAUGGAGAGGAUCUAGCCGCGGUUUUUGGUGCUAUGGGUGGAGAAAACGGAAGAACGGCUGCUAGUCAAGCUCUGAACCAGCUCUACGCUACUCUAGCCACAAUGGUGAUUGCUACUGCUGGUGGUUUCGUUACUGGUUUAAUCGCCAAACUGGGCUGCCUAUCGCCGCUCAAAGACAAGGAACACUAUGACGAUGACGUCAACUGGGAACUGCCGUGAUGACGUCACUAGCUUAUAGCAUACACAAUAUACACAUACUCGUACAUGACCAAUUAAUAAAUAUUUUAUUUUU